UUUCGCAGAGAGCCGAUAGAGGAAGAGCCCCUUUGGGUGCAGUUCACGUUAGCCGAGAGAACGUCAACGUUACUGUUAGCAGGCAUCGCUGACAAGUGGUUCCUUGAGUCCAACUGAAACACAAAGUUCUGUUCACCCGGCCAGAGUUACGAGCUGUAAUCGAGGCUCUCCGACGACUGCUUCUCUAAGAUGAGCUUCCUGUUUGGCAGUCGGUCAUCCAAGACCUUCAAGCCGAAGAAGAACAUCCCAGAGGGCUCCCACCAGUAUGAACUGCUGAAGCACGCUGAGGCAACACUGGGCAGUGGGAACCUGAGGCAGGCUGUCAUGCUGCCCGAGGGAGAGGAUCUCAAUGAGUGGAUUGCUGUCAACACGGUGGAUUUCUUCAACCAGAUCAAUAUGCUCUACGGCACCAUCACCGAGUUCUGCACGGAGACCAGCUGCUCUGUGAUGUCUGCUGGACCAAGAUAUGAGUAUCACUGGGCUGAUGGCACCAAUAUUAAGAAGCCCAUCAAGUGCUCUGCGCCCAAGUACAUUGACUACCUGAUGACCUGGGUGCAGGAUCAACUGGAUGAUGAGACCCUUUUUCCCUCCAAGAUUGGAGUUCCCUUUCCCAAGAACUUCAUGUCUGUGGCCAAAACCAUCCUGAAGCGUCUGUUCAGGGUUUAUGCUCACAUUUACCACCAACACUUUGACUCUGUGAUGCAGCUGCAGGAGGAGGCCCACCUCAACACCUCCUUCAAGCACUUCAUUUUCUUUGUUCAGGAGUUCAACCUUAUCGACAGGCGAGAGCUGGCUCCCCUGCAGGACUUGAUCGAGAAGCUUGGAUCCAAGGACAGAUAGACAUUUCAUCACACCUCUCCCCCUUUGUAACAGUUUAUUUCUCUCCUGUGUCCCUCUCUAUGACAUCUGCUACCUCUAUGACUUCUAGUCUCAACUCUUAAAAUCUGUGCCUUCUUCAUCUUCUUCUUUUUCUUUUCAUUUCAUGAAUGUUUGUUCUGUAUUUUUUCCUUUUAUUCCUUCUGUUGUCUUGUAUGCUGUCUUUGAGCCCUUUCUUCCAUUUUGCCACUUUAAAUCAUAUAAAAUAGUGUAGUGUAGUAAGAAUAUUUUUUCACAGGACUGUGGCAAAUGACUCUGUGAGAGCAACCUACUGAAUUUUAUAUUGGACCAAGGACAUUUGGAAGUUAAAGUGAAAACCAGCUUGUUUCCUUCAGAAGUUGGUCUACAGUGUUUUGAUUGUCUAAACACUUUUUUUUAGUUAUCAAUAGGCAAAUUAAUUUUUUUAAGUUUUAGCUAGCGUAAUUACAGUGACUAAAAUAUCACAUCUUUUUUUUAGAUGUUAUUUAGUGUUCAGUGGAGAGUAAAGAUGGCAAGAAAAGUAGUGACAUGACACUCGCAUGACAUUACAAGUGCGGAAAGUAUUUUCAAUCAAAGAGGAAGACGAGCAUAUCGCUCUCUGUCACAAGCUGGUUGGGGAUCUGUUUUUCUACAGAUGCUGACAUGCUUCCUAUUGACGCGCUCCGACACAGUUACAUGUUAAGAGGUGCAGUGAUAGACGAUUGUGAGAUGCUUAUAUAUGUUCUUGCCCCACAAAAACACCACCAUUAACUGCAUCAUGGCUAUUUCCAAUUUGGUCAUGCAAUAUUGUGUUUUGCACAUUUUCUGGCUAUUUUCUAUAUUAAAAUAGUAUGACGCAAGAUAUGGUGCUUACAGUGAUACUUUUAAACUGCUUGAUAGUUAUUUUUAAAGCUUGUACGUAAAGCUUUUGUAAUCAUGGCCCCAUAAAGGAGUUGUAUAGUAUAAAUUAUCCUGUCAACAGCAAAAACUGUUUAAUGUGUAUUUUGUUGUCAUUUCAGUUCAUUUUGUGGAACGCCACAUAUUUGAAUUUCAAUGCUGGUACUGUUUAACUUUUUUUAAUUUUUAUUUUUUUACUAAAUAUUUCCCCUCUGGAUUGUAAAAUAGAGCAAUAACUAUUUCACCUGUGCACGAUAAGGAUGAGGAUGAGUAUAUGAAGUUUUCCACAGAUGUCUUUAUUAGUCUUGGGGCUUGCUUCACAGUCCUUUCGGCUUCCUCUGGCUACAACAGCAGGGCUGUUUGUACUGCCGUCCUUUUACAAACCAAUGCAGCUAAUAUUCUCGAUGCCGUUUCAUUUGACAAACCUUGAACAAAUGAAUUGUUCCAUAACCUUUUUUAAGUUGGACAAAAAUUUAAAUCAGACAAUCGUGUAACCAAUUAAGAACUGUUAAUACUAACGUAAUACUUCACCAGGAACCAACCAGUGUGAGUGGGUGCAGUAGAGAGUUCAUUUUAUGAUGUAAUACUUUUUAAGAUGUUGAAACCUUUUCAACAAUGUGAAAAAAACAACAGAUUUUUCCACUUUAACCGGGACUUAUCCACUCUUUGGCCCUCGAGCGGUUUAGGGGAAAAAUCCAGCCAGCAACCAUUAAGUGCACCGAUAGGCGUAUCAAUAUAUAUUAAAAAGUUAUUUCAUCGAUUGUAUUUGAACAUAUAACUAGUCCUUUCUUUCAAUCCAGCCGCAUAUCUUUUUCAUGUAUUGCUUUUUCCUUACAAUUGUUUUCAGCUUUUGGCGUGGGGUUACAUUUCAUAUUACAUUGUAAAAUAAAUAGUUGACUGUACCUUUUUUUUAAAAAAGGAGUAAGGGCUUUGAAAUGAAUUUUUUAAAGUUUUAUAUAUUUACAAUAAUGGUCCAAUCUUGGCAUGUCAUUUUGACUGGGAGGAGGUGCGAGGAUGUGUGUACUGCGUCUGAACAUGUGCUGUAAAUAACAUCAGUGUUUUAUCUGAACAAAACUGUGCCUUACAAAAAGGAAAUGUCUGAUAUGACAGUAUUGGUAGAUCAAAACCUUAAUAAACACUGAAAGGACAA